AUGUGGCUUUCAGAUGCUCAGAAAAUUGGCGUGGCGCUGACGACCUUCGGAGCGCUCUUCAUGGUCUUGGGUGUUAUGCUCUUCUUUGACGGAGCGCUACUGGCCCUCGGAAACAUCCUCUUCAUUUCUGGACUCACCCUGAUCAUUGGCCCUCAAAAGACAUUCUACUUCUUCGCGCGGAAGCAAAAAAUUCGAGGCACCAUAUGUUUCCUCGGUGGUAUCCUCCUCGUCUUCUUCAAAUGGCCGUUCAUUGGGGUGAUCGUCGAGACUUUCGGAUUCUUAAACCUAUUUGGCGAUUUCUUCCCCGUGGUUAUUACUUUCCUGCGCCAACUGCCCUUUGUUGGAACAGUUCUCUCGAUGCCUUACAUAUCCACUCUCGUUGACCGGGUCGCCGGUUCACGGACAUCUGCAGUAUAA